AUGGAUAGAAAGUCUGCUAGAAUAAAAGCAGAGUUACAAAGAUAUGGUUGGAGAGUUUCGAAGAAUUUUAAAUAUAGGAAGGGAAGACCCAUAAAAGUCUAUGACAAAUUGUCUGGUCUUCGCUACGAAAUGGAUUUGGAAACAGCACGUGCCAAUUAUCCAAACAGACUAGAGAGGUUAGAAGAAGAACGUCUUAUGGACAUGCCUUUCGAUGUUAGUGAACCUCAAGUUGAAGGACACGACGGCUUUGCCAGAUUCUACUGGAAACAUGACGAACAAUUGCAUCCUUUGAGAAGGAAAAAAGGAAAAGGUGAAGACGCACAUGCUCCCAUGGAAAGAACAAGAUAUGCAUAUGAAAAGUAUCGUGAAGUUAGAAGUCAAAUUACAUCUGGUCGAACCUUUACAGUAAACUUUGACGAAGGAAAGAACAAAGAAGGCUUCAUGGGAGUACUUGCUGCAAUUCAAGACGGAAAUAAGAAAGGACACAAUCUCAGAUUGACCAUAACAGAUUUGGAUGGUCACAUUUACUAUGCACAUGGCAAUGAACAAACAGCCGCAAAACUUCUUGACGCUUUCAAGACUACAAAGAGAGAACAAAUGUUUGACUCCGACUCAGACAUUUUGAAUGCAAUUGAAGGAAUUGCAAGUGUCAAGUUCGAAUGGUACCAACCUAACCCUCAAGCAGUCAGACAACAUGCUGGAUACUUCCCCUUCAUAAAUAAGUCUGACAUUGACUUGACAAGGUAUGGAAUUUACAAUUCAAUUGAAACAAUUGUCAAUGAACCUUGUAUUCUUACAUGUCUCAGGAACUCUGGUCUUGUUACAGAUGAGAAGAUGAAGUAUCUUGAGUCAUGUGUGAAGACAAGGUACAUUCUCAGAGGUCAAUUGGCAAAAAUUGCACCGUUGGCAAAUGUCAAUAUCCGAGUCAACAUACCUACAGCUAAAGGUUCUUCACAUGACGACUAUGUUGUUGACAAAGACUUACCAUGGUUGAAGAUUGUAAUUGUCCACAACCACUUCAUGUUGAACGAAAGUCUUACAAACCCAUUCUUUG